AUGGCUAAUGCUCUCAAGUAUAACAAUACAUUGAAGAAAUUAAAAUUGGGAAGUAAUGAAAUUGGUUUAGAAGGAAUGAAAUGCUUGGAAGAUGCACUACUGGUUAAUCGAGUCAGUUUCAUUUCAUUUCCAUCUGCUAACUUUGAUUGUGAGAGUAGUAAGUGUCUAUAUUGAAAAGGACGAAUUAGCAUAAGAUAUGAGCAAACAAAAAAUUUCUUUCACAUUA